GCUCCGGUGUCCUGGUCCCACCCAGACCCGAUGGAUCCGGGGGCUGAGGGCAGGGCAGGCCCCCGGGGCAUCGAGGGGCUCUGAUGGGCUGAUCCUGGCCCGGUGAAGAUGUGCCAAGUGGGCCACCUCGAUCCCAGCAGCCACCGAAAUGUGCUGAUGAAAACGGGGCUCAUCCUCCUCAUCGUCGGGCACCUCAACUUCAUCACCGGCGCCCUGGUCCACGGCACCGUCCUGCGCUUCGUGGUCGCCGCCCGCGAUGCCACCUCCCUGCACUACGGCGUCACCAACAGCGCCUCUGUCAUUGCUGCACUGCUGACCAUCUCCUGCGGAGUCUCUGCCCUGCUGCUCUCCCGUUACCCCGGCCCUGCUGCCCUCAAAUGGGCGCUGCUGGCCCUGAGCGCCUGCAGCAGCCUGAGCUGCCUGUGCUGCCUGCUGGGGCUGCUCGUGGCCAUCGGGCUCACCCUGGGCAACCAGGGCCAGGUGCUGCUGGCCCCCUGCUCCAUCGCCAACAGCGCCCUCACCCCGGUGUCCCGCGAGUGUCCCUUCGAUCCCACCCGCGUCUACAGCUCCACGCUGUCCCUCUGGGCCAUCUCCCUCCUGCUGGAGGCCAUGGGGAUCUUCUUCAGCAUCCGCUGCCUCCUGCUCACCCUCGAGCUGCUCCGCCUCGGCCGCUGCUGCCGUGGGACGCUCCGGAUGAAGGUGAUUUCUGCUGCCUGGGCUCAGCUCCAUCCCCUCUGCUGCAGGGCUGGGACAGACCAGGCUGGGCCCAGGGGUGACUUGUGGAUCCUAGGCUUCCAUCCCUCUGCUCCCAUUCUCAUCCUUCUCUCUGCCUUCCAGGUCUCUCUGCAGGAAGCCCCUGUGCAGAGCCCUGGCCCCGGGCAGUGCCUGGCCUUGCUGAGACUGGACAGUGGAGAAAUUGCCCGGCUCUGAGCAGGGCCUGAGGGAUAAAUGACCCUGUGGAUGUGCCCUGGCCAUUCCUGCCCUGUUCCAGCACCAGCACAGCCCCACGACAGAACUCAGCUGCCUCCCAGGAUGUGUGGACACAUCUCCUGGAGCAUGAGCCCAUCCCGUGGCCUUGGGCUGCCUGGGGCUGCAGCGAGGGAUGAAACUGGGCUGGAUCCAGACCCUGCAGGGAGGAACUUUCCCCAGGGGCUCCGUGUCCCCUUUCCCAGCACGGACUGCACUGACACAAACU